AUGACUGGUACUAGACAAGAAGAAGACAGCAAUAUAUCUGAUUUAAUCAGAAAUAAUCAGGUUGAUAUUUUACUAUUUGGCUCUACAAGAAAAAUGAAGCCCAACCACCGAUUCCGGUUGCUGGAAGAUACCCCGCGCGCCAGCAAGACAACCAUCAACAUCGCGGGGUUCCACGUAUACCUGUACGGCGUGGACGAGCUGACACCACAGCAAAGGAAAGAUACCACUGUCCUUUUUCAUGUGCACGGACGGACGAGAUCGUACAAGGACUCCGAAGCCGUGGCGCACCAGCUGCUGCAUGAUGUGAGGGAGCGGCGCAGCCCGGCAACCAUGGGAGGACUCGUCGUCGCGACUUUUGAUAACCGGAACCACGGGGCGAGGGCGAUCGAUACCCUCUCAAGCCAGGACUGGAAGGCCUCAAAUCCUCGACAUGCGCAGGAUAUGCUGUCCACUAUCGACGGAAUUGUGAGUGACGCACAGAUCGUCAUCAAAUACCUCGCAGCAUACGUCGACGGGCUCUUCACCCCGGCACGGUUCAUCGCCAGCGGUGUGUCUCUUGGCGGCCAUGUGUCGUGGAAUCUUCUCGCCCAGGAACCACGCAUUACAGAUGCGGUCAUCGUCAUCGGGUCUCCGAAUCUGACGGACAUGAUGCUCGACCGUCUGGGUGGGUACAAGUCCCCUUCCGAGGUUCCCACAGACACCAAAGAGUGGCCCAAGGCGAUUGAAAAGCUCUACCUGGACCGGGAUGCCAGUCUGGAACGGAUCUCGGGAAAGAAUAUUCUGAUCUUGAACGGGGCAGUGGACCCGCUUGUACCUAGUCGGUUCACGCAUGCCUGGAUGGACAAGUACGCGGGGAAUAAUAAGGUCACAUUUAUCGAACAGGAGGAGACUGGGCAUAAUCUGACUUACCAGAUGAUGGAUCACACAGUGAAUUGGUUGCUGCAGGUCUUGAACUAGUGGUCUCUUCCUGAGAGUAUCUCCAAGUAGGCACCUAGUGAAUUGAUCAUUACAUACUACAUGUGACCUGAUAGAGGUUUGCCUUCUAUUAAGGGAAGAAAGUAGUCAAAGGUCCGGCUUCUGUACCAACCUAAGUUGAUGGAUGGUGGUGGGUGUUGCCUAGUAAAGACUAGGCAACCGAGUGCCUUUUCUCUUCUCCUCAGCGCGUCU